UGUUCCGGAAUCUUCUGCUGGUUCUUCUGGUGCAUGAACCAGAGAUGAGGUCUUGGGCUAGGAAAGCCUGACCUUCCAUCUGUUGUCUGCAUGCUGUUUCUAGCAGUCACACCUGUGAUUAAUCAGCAAUGAUUCAGUUAAUGAGUGUCGUUCCUCAGCUGUGGAUCUGCUCAAUGUUUGUGUUUGUAUGGGGUGCAAUUCUGUCAACAGAACAUGCCUGUCUUCAUGUACGGCGAGCUCACGGAUAAAGAGACCACUGAGAAAGUACGGCUGACCUUCGAGAACUAUGAGAUGAACUCAUUCGAAAUACUCAUGUACAAGAAGAACCGAACACCGGUAUGGUUCUUCGUCAAAAUCGCUCCCAUCCGCAAUGAACAAGACAAGGUGGUGCUGUUCCUGUGCACCUUCAGUGACAUCACAGCAUUUAAACAGCCAAUCGAAGAUGAUUCAUCCAAAGGUUGGGGGAAGUUCGCCCGUCUAACCCGUGCUCUGACAAGCAGCCGAGGCGUCCUGCAGCAGCUGCAGCCCACCGUACACAAGGGGGAGAACGUCCACAAGCACUCUCGCCUAGCAGAGGUGCUGCAGCUUGGCUCUGACAUCCUGCCCCAGUACAAGCAGGAGACUCCGAAGACCCCUCCUCACAUCAUCCUCCACUACUGUGCCUUCAAGACCACCUGGGACUGGGUCAUCCUCAUCCUCACCUUCUACACUGCCAUCAUGGUGCCCUACAACGUGUCUUUCAAGACCAAGCAGAACAACGUGACCUGGCUGGUGGUGGACAGCAUCGUGGACGUCAUCUUCCUGGUGGACAUCGUGCUCAAUUUCCACACCACCUUCGUCGGGCCGGCCGGCGAGGUCAUCUCUGACCCCAAGCUCAUCCGCAUGAACUAUCUGAAGACGUGGUUCGUCAUCGACCUGCUGUCAUGCCUGCCGUACGAUGUCAUCAACGCCUUUGAGAAUGUGGAUGAGGGUAUCAGCAGCUUGUUCAGCUCCCUUAAGGUGGUCCGGCUGCUGCGUCUGGGCCGUGUGGCCCGCAAGCUGGAUCACUACAUUGAGUACGGUGCCGCCGUGCUAGUUCUGCUGGUCUGUGUGUUUGGCCUGGCUGCCCACUGGCUGGCCUGCAUCUGGUACAGCAUCGGCGACUAUGAGGUCAUCGAUGAGGACACCAAUUCUGUGCGCACGGACAGCUGGCUCUACAUGCUGGCCGAGACCGUGGGCUCGCCAUACCGCUUCAACGCCAGCGGUUUGGGCAGGUGGGAGGGCGGCCCCAGCAAGGACUCUGUGUACAUCACCUCCCUCUACUUCACCAUGACCAGUCUCACCAGCAUCGGAUUCGGGAACAUCGCCCCCACCACUGAUGGCGAGAAGAUCUUCGCCGUGGCCAUGAUGAUGAUUGGAUCUCUCCUCUACGCCACCAUCUUUGGUAAUGUGACCACCAUCUUCCAGCAGAUGUACGCCAACACCAACAGGUACCAUGAGAUGCUCAACAGCGUCAGAGACUUCCUGAAGCUCUACCAGGUGCCCAAGGGCCUGAGUGAGAGGGUCAUGGACUAUAUCGCCUCCACCUGGUCCAUGUCCAGAGGCAUAGAUACUGAAAAGGUACUGCAGAUUUGUCCCAAGGACAUGCGGGCGGACAUCUGUGUGCACCUGAACAGGAAGGUGUUCAAGGAGCACCCAGCCUUCCGGCUGGCCAGUGACGGCUGCCUGCGUGCCCUGGCCAUGGAGUUCCAGACUAUCCACUGUGCCCCUGGGGAUCUCAUAUACCACGCAGGCGAGAGCGUGGACAGCCUUUGUUUCGUGGUGUCUGGGUCCUUAGAGGUCAUCCAGGAUGAUGAGGUCGUCGCCAUCUUGGGGAAGGGGGAUGUAUUUGGCGACGUGUUCUGGAAGGAAGUGACCCUCGCCCAGGCCUGUGCUAACGUUCGAGCCCUGACAUACUGCGACCUCCAUGUCAUCAAGCGCGACGCCCUGCAGAAGGUUCUGGAGUUCUACACGGCCUUCUCCAACCACUUCUCCCGCAACCUGCUUCUGACGUACAACCUGAGGAAGAGGAUUGUGUUCCGAAAGAUCAGCGACGUUAAGCGUGAGGAGGAGGAGCUGCUGAGGAGGAAGAACGAGGCCCCUCUGAACCUGCCCCCUGACCACCCUGUACGCCGGCUCUUCCAGAGGUUUCGGCAGCAGAAGGAGGCUCGACUUGCUGCGGAGCGCACCUUUGACGAGAUGGACGUGGAGAAGGGUGUUGCGCAGAUAGAGCAGGCUACCACCCACGAUAUUACCCCCACCACCAGCAUUGUCACGGUGACCGAAAGUCCUGCCACGCCCGUGCCCUCGGUCUCUGCUGCCUCUACCUCCGGCGUGUCAGACCGUGCCAAACUCCAGGCUCCCACACUGGGCAGCCACCCAAACUCCAAGUCCACGGAGCCCACCAGAGGAAAAGGCUGGGGAAGGUUCAAGGAGGCGGUAGGCAAGUCAGAUGGUUGGAACAAAGUGUCCAAAGCAGAAUCGAUGGAGACCUUGCCAGAAAGGACCAAGUCACACGAGGAGACCUCUCUGAAGAAGACAGACUCCUGCGACAGUGGCAUAACCAAAAGUGACCUCCGGCUGGACAAUGUGGGAGAUGCUCGGACUCCACAGGACCGGAGCCCUAUUCAACCGGAGGUGAAGCACACCUUCUACCCCAUUCCCGAGCAUUCCAUACAGGCCUCCAUCCUGGAGCUCAAGCAUGAACUGAAGGAGGACAUCAAAGCCCUCGGUAACCGCAUGUCCAUCCUGGAGGCACAGCUGGGAGAGAUGGUGCGGAUGCUCAAGGCCAAGAGACCGCUGGACUCUCCCCAGCCGAUAUUUGACAUCUCACACCCAGGAUCACCUGAGUCAGACAAGGAAGACAUCUUCUCGUAGAAUUCCCACAUCGUUCGGCUGUGCAGGCACAUCUUUCUAACUGCACUUAGACCCAGGAAUGAGCUCCAAUUGGAGGCGUCCAAAGGCCCAGAGCCUCUGCGACAUGGAGUACAAUGGCAAACUGGCAGCAGCAGGAGUGGUCCAGGGCCCAUCCCAUGAGCCUUUGCUCAGCUACAGCACUGCAUCGUCGUAGUUGUGGCCCCAACAUGCUUGAGGUUUCACUGGAUCACAGCUCUGCUGCGUGUGCGCUUGGCUGUCUGUGUAUAUAUCAGGUACAGGACUGAGGUUCAACUAACCCUCUUUUGUAGAGUUAUGGAAUGGGGAAAAGUUCUAUUUUUAUCUCAGCCAGAAUUUUGAGACAAUUUAAACUUGCUGGUGUUUCUGAAGAAAAACAUCAUUUUGCUCUUUUGUGGUGAGCUAGUAUUCUACACGCCGUCCAGGACUUUUCUGACGUUAUAAGCUCACUGUCCUCCUCCCAGCUACGACUAGACCGCGUGCUUCAACUUUGCAGCCCCGCGUCAGCCGCUAAGAUCGUUGAACGAAGUGGAGUAAGUCAGAGAAUUAAAAAGCAGAAAUUCACGAUUAAGGACGCAGAAGUUUUCUUGCACUAAUGAUUAGCUCUUAUUAGCUGCAUGUGAAAGAGGUUGUACCUUUCUGGUUGUCCAUAGUUGCUCUGGAUAAUAAAGACUUUAGAGGUUGAGGAAAAUGUGAGGUUAGUAGUUAUACAUUUCCAUUACAGAUGGGUCUUCCAAAUCCUUAACCUCUUCAGCAUCCUCAGAGCAAAGCAUGGCAUGAUUACGACAUGCUUACCUGCGUCUGUUCCCUGUGGCCUUGUACGUCCUAAACCAUAGAUCCAUGUGGAGUUUACAGAUGCUAGUUAUUAGGUUGGGUUAUCAGAAGCUGCUCCAUUUCCUGAGUGGACAGAUAAUCAGGAAAGGAGUUACAGGGUCACAGAUGGUGGUUAAGUCAAUUAUGCUUCGAUUGUCCAGUCUCUGCUUUAAGUUCCCUUUCAGCCAUCAGGGUUGUGGGGCAGGAAACAACCCAGGGUGCCAACCCAUUGCACGAGUACCUGGAGGAAGCCUCAGAGCAAGGGAGUACAUACAAGGGAGUACCCUGGCAGGGAUUUGAACCAUACCAUGAUCAUGGAGGUGGUUCACCCAGGACAAAGCCCAUUUCACAUUAGCAUGGUACUGCGGCUGUGCUAACUCCUGCGAAUUCCCCACAUGUAGGAAGUUCGGCUGCUUAAUCUUUGGGUCCAUGGUGGCCUAAUGGGUAGGUAAGCAUACUUGUAAUCAAGGUUGUAGGGUAGUGGGCCAGCCAGCAAAGUACUACUCCCCAAGUACUGAAUUAGCUGUCCACUGCUUGUCGACAACAAUGAUGAUUAAUCACUUUCACUUCAGAUAUUCUGGUUGCCCCAGUCAUUACCUUUUUCAUGACUUAUUUUAGAUAAUGUAGACAUAUCACAUUUUACCUGUUGGUCCAGCAUAAAAAAUUGUUAGGAUGAGGCUGACAGGCAUCGAACGGUUCAUAAUUACCUUGUUCCCCCAUACAAGCACGAGCUGUUUGCCUGUGAAAGAUCUGUCUCUGAUCCUGACUCAGUGUACUUUUGUUGAAUAAUAAUUUCAAUUAAGAUUUCACAGUAAGUAAGCAAGUCACUAACAGACAUGACUAAAGCACCUGCUGUUCUCAAAUUUGUACAGGGCCAAGUGACUAAUUUGCUUUAUAACGUGACAACUUUACCAACCAUAAAGACAGCUGUUUCAGAAAAAUCGGAGAAGGGAUUUAGAGGACGGCGAAACGGCAGCAGAUUUUAUUGACACGAUUCCCGAAAAAGUAGUCAUGUCUGGAGAUUCGCCGACAAUGGAAUAAGCCUAGAUCAUUACAGAUCCUGCUGAACACUAAUACCGUUUCAUGUUAGCGUGUUUGUUAACGCUUGUUAGAACAGUAAUUCCCCCAAACUCUUCAGCUUUAAGCGAUAAACCUGGACUCUACCUGGGUAUUUUGAAGCGUUUCAUACGAAAUGUACCCGUAAUGCCAAGAAGUGUGUCAACAGUCACAAAUUAUGGAACAAUUUGUGAAAUAUGGCCCAGAAUACGACUGGAGUGCUACAGCUAGUUGGUGUCAUGAGAAUAUCCUGCUGCCAGGAGUGAAAAAUGGACGAGUUCGAGAAAAGAAUUCCAUGUGCUAACCAGGGUCUUACUGUAGAGCACAAAUGUAAGGACUUUGGUGGUAUGGCGUAACGUUUUGCCGCGACGUAAAAUGUUCCAGAGUGAGACUAGGACUUUCCGAACCGUUGCUACCGGAAAUGACUGGGAUCCGGUGGGCCUGCUGAGGAGUUACACACCCAGAACCAGAAUGAGGUACCAUGAACCUGGCUGUUACCGCGAAGAUGUCUGUAUUCUGGGCCGCUGAUGAGCAAUAAUGUCUGACCGGGUAGAAUGUAUUUGUUCUCUCUGCUCCUAAUGAAAAGGUGGGACGGGCUUAAGCAUCUUGUUAAACAAAUUCAGGGCCAGAAGGGAUCAGUGAAUAGUGUUUCAAGGAACAGCCUACGCACAGUGAUGUUUAUCUAAGAUAGUGCUGAUAAUAUCCAAAGCCUUUGGUGACACUGUAGUAAACCUAUUUUAAUCCAUGGUUCUGUCGAUGCAUUUAGAAUAACCCACAGUUUGCAAUGGGAGUCAUGCUGCUAUGGAAACGGAAAUAGGAACAGCUGGCCCAGUGUGACCGACGAACCUGCCCCCCCGUCUGCAGAGUGUCCCCCACCCACCACAAACAGUGUUAACCUGAGUCGCUGCCGCACUUCUAAACACACAUAUCGGACUAUUUUUGUGGUCAGCAGUGAAAGCUGCCAGCUAGUGACAGAGGAAUGUGACCCUAAGCUGAAAGGGAAAAUAUGAAGAUUAUAUAUAUAUAUACACACAAACAAUGAUUUAUGCACGUCAUUGUAUAAAAUUUUAAUACAGGAAAGUAACUACUGUAAGCACAAGAGUUUAUUU